AUGUCCUCACAGGCUGCUUGUGAAGAGAAUCUGUGGCGUCUGGAGCUAGGGUUUCACUAUGAGAAAAUGCAGGCCCAGUUCUUCGUUGAGAAUGCCAACAUUGCCUUUGCAUUGAAGAAUAUCAACGGCAAGAUUUGGGAUAAGAAUAAUGAAAGGAUAUCUAUCUUUGUCAGCCCCUCUGAUGCACCCUGCUCUGUGCAGAAGGAGCUGAAGUCAGAAAAGCUGACCAUGCACAAACUAUAUGAUGUCUCCCGGCAGUCUCUUGACAUCCACAAACUCCGCUUUGACCCUGCCUUGGUGACCCUUGGUGUGGAAAUGGUACCGAAUCCUGGAAAUGACAUGGCUGCCUCCCUGCAGAUCCAUGGAGAGAACAUGCCCAAGCUUUUGCCCUGGAACCUGAGCAACACGAAACCCUGCCAGCUGGCUGGCCUGUCCACCACUAUGCAGAAUGCCUCCAACAUCAAGAACUUGAACCUCCCCAGCAACGAGGUGAAGGCUGCAGGGAAGUUGGACAAGGGCCAAGGGCUGGAGCCAGAAGAGAUGAGCGCAGACAGAAACUCCCUGUGCACCACCUUUUGUAAAUCUGCUUGCUUUCAUGAGGAAAGACACCUCCACAGUUUCACUUUUCUGUUUUGUCUUGAUUUUGGCAGCUCCAUCCUGGAAUUGUUCCCCAAGUUGUUAAGCUUGGAUAGCCAGGAGUCACGCCCACCAACUAACUUUGGUAUUGAAGCCCACAAGAGGCUACCAACCUGCAAGGGAAGCUUCUUUGAAUCUGAUGCGCUGAAGAGUCUGGUUCUGCAAUUCCUGCGGCAAUAUUACCUGACCUAUGACUCUGGAGACCGACAGGGUCUUCUCGGUGCUUACCUUGACAAGGCCUGCUUUUCCCUGAGCAUCCCUUUCAACCCCGAGGACCCAGCCCCAAGCAGCUUGUGCGAGUACGUCAAGGAUAACAGGAAUAUAAAGAAGCUCAAGGACCCCCACCUGCGGCUUCAGCUGUUGAAGAGUACAAAACAUGACAUCGUGCGCUCUCUCUGUGUGUUGCCCACAACUCAGCAUGACUUCAGCUCCUUCGUGGUGGACCAGUGGCUCCAGACGGAAAGGAUGCUGUGCUUCUCUGUCAACGGGGUGUUCCAGGAAGUGGUAGGAAAGUCUCAGGGUUCUGUUCGUGCCUUCACACGGACCUUCAUCGCCAUCUCUGCCAGCAAUUCCAGUCUGUGCAUCCUGAAUGACCAGCUGUUUGUGAGGGACGCCAACCCCAAGGAGACUCACAGUGGGCUCUUCAUCCCAGUUCCCACACCCGCCUCCAGCUCUGUGCCCACCCUCUCCCAGGAGCAACAGGAAAUGGUGCAGGCUUUCUCCACCCAGUCUGGCAUGAACCUGCAGUGGUCUCAGAAGUGCCUUCAUGAUAGCCACUGGGACUACACCAAAGCCGCACAGGUUCUCGCUCUGCUCAAGGCCCAGUGCAAGAUCCCAGAGGAGGCCCUCACACAGACUGAUCCAGGAUCCUGAGAGCACAGCCCUGACAAGAAGCCCUUGGGUGUUAUCAUCUUCAUCCUCAUCACUUUGGUUGUGUUUUUCCUUUACUAUGAGUAUAUCCCUGGGACUGAGCUUGGAGAUCUGCUUGGGGCUGGGAAGCCAAUGUUUAAUGGACACUCAUUCACCCAAAGGGGCAGUUGUUCUGUGUAUUUUUCGUACCCAGGAUCCCUGAUUCCUCUGAUAAUAAAGAACAAUGUUGCAUGUUGUGUAAA